CUUCUCUUAUUUCACCAAUAACGUCGACUCAGCCGUCAGCUGUAGUGCUAACGAUAGUUUCUGCUCUGUUAGCUUCCGGGCUAACGUUACGGUCACUUAUACAGUAUUAGUUCGCGUUAAACAGCUGAUUUGAAGCUUUAAACGGUGAAUAUUUACAACAUAUAAACCGUCAGUAAUGUCGCUCAGUGAAACUCCGUCUGCCUGCUGUCUGUGUCGCUGUCCAUGGUGCUACCAGAGAAGAAGAGUUAACUCACCGGUUUACAGUCUGUUCUCACUGAGAUCAACAUCUACUACGAUGAGCGGGAGCACUGAUGACAUCAAACCUGUGAGCUGUACGAUCAAACCUCCGGUCUACCUGCAGAUCGGAGACACCAAGACAGACGCGGCUCACUCCGGCGUCUGUGUUGUCGAUGUCGCGCUUCCCUUUGGAAAACCCGUCAACAUCGAUGAAAUCACCUUUAAGAACUACUACACAGCCUACGUGACUGUACGUCUGUUGAAGAGGAGUCCCGGGCAGGAGACCCCCGCUAAGUGGUGCACGGCUCUGAGAGACCUGCCUCUGAUGGACAACCCCCACACUGAGGGGGGCUCCCAGGACUACUACUCCAUCCACAGGACACAGAUGCAGGGGGAGCCGGAUCAUGUGACGUCCGUGAGACUGAUCCUGAGACAGCCGUCCUCCGCCUGGUUGACCUUCAGCCUGGAAGACAUUAAAAUAUACCCUCACAUGGAGCCGGACCCAGAGAAGGAGGUUUCCGAUUGGCUGUCUGAUCUGACCCUGAUUGACCAACACCCUGAUCUGGAGGGUCUUCCAGACCCUCAGACUGUUUCCUCCAGCAUCCAGCAGAUGUGGGCUCUGACCGAGGUGAUGCAGACCAACCAGACCACGGCCUCCAUCGGACGAUUUGACGUGGAUGGAUGCUAUGAUAUCAACCUUCUCUCCCUGACAUAAACUGCACAUGAAGCUCACUUUAUGGAAGACUUGAAGACCACAGUUCAGUAUUUGAAGGAGUAAUGAUGAAGACCUGUAAAAAAAAUAUGAUAUUAGCUGCUUUGGAGCCACUUAGACGAGCUGCAGAGAAGAACAAGUAAAGGUAUUAUGUACAAAACAUCUGACUAAACAUCUCGCCAAAGGACUGCAGUUGAAAAUUAGCCAGCAGGCUAACACUGGCAUAUUUAGAGAAAUGUUCAUUAAUGUUAUGAAUAAAUAAAUUAAAUAAAAACGCAAUGUAACAGUGA